AUGAGAGUAGUCGCAAAUGUUGCCAAUGUUUUGUUCGCCAUUUUUGGAUUUUUGGAGGGUGCAGCUGUUUUCUUAGUUUACAAUUUCCGCUAUUCGCCCAAUGCAAGCGAGACAAUCAUAACUCUCUACAGCAUAACAGAUGUCACCUUUGUUCUUCUCAACUGUGUUUUCGCCCAACUGGAUUCCAAAAUAAAGUCGAAGUUGAUGCUCAUGUUGAAUUAUGGACUCUUUGGAUUCACUCUCAUGAUAUCUCUUCUGAUCACGAACCUACUCAAUGUGAACAGAUACUUGGCUAUUUGCCACCCAGCAGAAAACAAACAGUAUUUCACCAAACAGAACAUAAGGAAGAUACUCGCUGUCCUCAUUGCCGUCUCCGUUAUGCAAGGAAUAAUGAAUGGAGCGUACGUGUUCCUCGCAGAUUGGCAAACUGUGAUCGACUACGAGUUUUUCAUUCUAUUAGAUGUCCUGGUUUUAUUUACAAUCACGUCCAAGUGCAUCAUAUACGGCAAAUGCUACCACUACCUGAAGAGACAUGACAAAAAACUUGAAGCGUAUGACCAGAAAAGCGGAGCCAGUUGCACUAUGUCUGCGAGAACGCCGCCGGUCAAUCCGAAAAUCAUGACAAGUCUGUCGUUGCCCGAAACUCCCAAUGUACCAAGAAGAGCUAAAAGGUUCAAGAGGCCAAAUAAACCGACGCGGAAGGAUCAGAACUUACAUGAAGCUUCCAAAUCCGUUCAAUCAAGCUCAGGGGCGUCAAGUGGGGACAAUGUGCCCAAACUUCAUAAAUCAAUCUCAGUGUCAUCCGCACUUCACAGAAUAAACCGAAGACACAGAUCCGAGGAGACUUCGAACUCGUCUAGGACGGUUAAAAGAGGGCGAACUCGAGCUGUCACAAUCGCCUUCUUUUGUGUUUCUUUUUUCUUCAUUGUAAGUGUCAUACCUUUGACGAUAUCUCUCAGCUACGAGAACCUCUCCAGCCGAGGAUCACAACCGUCGAAAAAACUUCAAUUAGCUCACAUAUUUUGCCGAAUCAUUUUCCUUUUCCAUUUCAUCACCAAUCCAAUCAUUUACAUGGUGACUAAUCCUUCAUUCAGGAAAAAGCUAGUGACAGAUGCGAAGUUUAUCGGCAGAGUUAUGGCUAGCAAAAUGAGGGUUUUAAGACGAAAAGAUUUCUCUACGAUUACGGACACGACACUUCCGAAAAUAUCGAUCAAUCCGCCCUCAAUUGUCAAUGCAAGCACGGUCGUUUAGAUGCAAGCACGACCAUCGAUCAUGUAUGCAAGAGUACGAUUUUUAA